UUAGCGGAAUCAAAAUUAAAACUUAAUUGAUGGAAAAAUGAAUAAAAUCACAAUGAAGUAAAUAUAUGAACUAAAUUUAUAAGCUGGCGAUAGCUGCAAAGACAAGCGGAACGAAACGGCAACUCGAGCGCCACCAAAUAAUGCCGUCUUGCCCAUGGUCAUGGUCGGCGGUAAAAGCGGUUGCCGCAGAUAACCUCCUUCAGAGAAAACGGUACUUCCAGGGUUCGUAUGGCCAGACUGCAGACGAAGAACCUAAAAGCAGAAUUACGGUACACGGCAACACAUUAAUUUACCUAUCAGGAAUACCAGCGAUAACGCAUACACUAAUUAACAGUAGCUACGGAAAAUCAAAUGCAGUUGUUGUACUGGUUCAGUGUGAUGGUGACGAUAUAUACAAGGGGUGCGGUGAUAGUAUACAGUGUGCUGAAGAAAAUCUUGUUAAAGUGGUGGAUGAGUUUGACAGUCAGCCCUCGAUUCAGUUAAUCGGAGACUACGUCAGCUUGGAAAAAACGAAUGGGGAUGAUUCAACGCCUAAAGGUGAAGAGGGAAUAUUUGAUCGAAUCAUACGGUAUAUGGGCCAACACGAGAUUAAAAUUAAACUGUCUUCGCCCGAUGAAGCUCGAAGUGCUAUGGAAGAGUCUCGGAAAAAGAAGUUGAGGAAGUGGUUUAUGCCGCUGUUGCUGUUGUUGAAAUUAAAGGGGCUCGUGAUCAUUCCAGCUGUCCUUUUUGUGAUCGCCCUUGUGGCGUUUAAAGGAAUGGGGGCUGGUCUCAUGGCCCUUUUAAUUUCUGGUGCCGUUGCACUGAAACAGCUCCUGGAUACCAGGCACAGCAGCUCGUCGGUUAGUUACGAAAUUCUACCCCAAAUCGCUGGCCCGCAUUGGAGUCGCAGUGAUGCAUUGAAUACCCUACUUCAGUCUUACCAAUAA